AUGAGCAUUGCCAAAGCCAGACGCGCCCUUGGUCCCCUCUUAAACGGCCUCAGAGCAAACGCGCCUGCGGGUCCGCCUUGCGGCACCGACUCCAAUGGGCAGCCGCAGGACCCUAAAGGGAGCCGGAACGACCCGAGGGGGCUUAUGCACGGAAUUAGGGGAUCCCCGCAAGGCUGCCUAAAAAGGCAGAAUGCCGAUGGACUACUACCAGACGGCACAGGACACAUGCAGGGGAGCUUUGGGGCGUUAAAGGGGCAUCAAAGAACUAAAAAGGGCCUCCAAACCGUCUUGUAUGCAGAGGACAAAGACAGAGGGACCCAGAUGGAAUCCAACGGGGGGGCCGCAGGGGGAGGGGGCCCCCGAGGACCCUUGGUGUCUCCGUCUAGGAGACAUACGACGCCAGUAGACUGGGGGGGGCCCAAGAGGAUCCCCAGCAUAGCGCGAAAGGAGGCAGUUGAGAGGAAGGCUACAGGCUGCUGUCUCUCUCUUCUAAAGCCCGAGAGCCUUCUGCAACGCGCUGCUGUCUCCCUUGCACACUCCAAAGGGGAUAGGGGCCCCCACGAUAAGGGCCCCCAUGAAAACCCAGAAGGAGGCAGGCAAGAGGGCGACAAUCAAGGAGGAAACAUCAGGGUCGCCGGCACGAUGGAAAGGGCUCCCAGUGCAACAGCAGCAGCAACAGCAGCACCAGAUACCGUGAACUUCAAAAACCCUAUAGACCACACCUCAAGGGUAGAGACGGCAGGAAACCAAGUAGCUACCCCCCAGAGCGUCUCCCUACAAAUGUUUGAAGACACGACUCAAGACAAAAAGCGUGCUGCACAGCAGGCGGAGGAGCAGCAGCAGCAACAGGAACAACACCAGCAAGAGCAGCAGCAGGAACAACACCAGCAGGAGCAGCAACAGGAGCAGCAGCAGCAGCAGCAAGAGCAGGAACAACAGCAGCGGGGACAGCAGCAGCACGAGCAGCAGCAGCACCAGGAGGCAGAGAGACGGAGCAGCAAAAGAGAGGCUGCUCCAGGGCAGCAGCUGAAGGCCACAGGUGCUGCUCUACUGGUGGCUGUUGUGUCUGGUUUUUAUAUUCCCUUCCUUGAGGAUUGCAUGGGGAACACUUAA